AUGCUGCCAUGUGGACAACCGCAGAGAUGUUGUGACAAAUGGAUGAAGCCAGACGGAGCCAGGCUCAGCAAACGCCCGUCCCUCGGGGAAGCCCCGGGGCUGGCGGUCAGCUCCCGGAGGGCAUGGUGCCAUGCAGUGAAGACAGGUGGGUACAGAGUGACCGUGACCGUGCCCGUGCCCCCCCCCACCACCUCGGCUCCUCACCUGUUAGAAAAGUACCCUGAGAGUCAUGUGCCCCGCGGGCAGUCACUGCGUUGUCAGAGCUGCGCGGAGCCGCAGUUGGGGAAAUGGGCAGAUUGCAGCACCGGCAGCGGUGGGAACAAGCGCCGGACCCCAGAGCCGGCCCUGCUGCGGAAGAAGGUUAGCCUCGAGCCCCACCGCGCGCCCCCCGAAGGCCCGCCCCUCCGUCCCGGCACCCAGCCCCCACCCCAGCCCCCAGGCCCCUUUAACGGUGCGGCGGAAGGGGCGGCCGGGGGCGGGGGCGGUGCCCAAUGCGCCGAACUGAGCGUCACUUCCCGGCGGCCGGAGGCAGCGGCGAGUGUCGGAGGCGGGGGGCGGCCGGUGGGGGCGGGGCGGCCGGAGGCGGUGUUGGCAGCCGGCUGGGACCCACGCGGCGCCGCGGCCCACCUGGCCUGCAGCGCUCCCAUCCCUGGCGGCGGCGGCGGCACGAUGCCCUUUGACUUCAGGAGGUUUGACAUCUAUAGGAAGGUGCCCAAGGACCUCACACAGCCGACGUACACCGGGGCCAUCAUCUCCAUCUGCUGCUGCCUCUUCAUCCUCUUCCUCUUCCUCUCGGAGCUCACCGGAUUCAUAACCACAGAAAUCGUGAACGAGCUGUACGUCGAUGACCCGGACAAGGACAGCGGGGGCAAGAUUGACGUCAGCCUGAACAUCAGUCUCCCCAACUUGCACUGCGAAUUGGUCGGGCUCGACAUCCAGGAUGAGAUGGGCAGGCAUGAAGUGGGGCACAUCGACAACUCGAUGAAGAUCCCGCUGAACAACGGGGUGGGCUGCCGCUUCGAGGGGCAGUUCAGCAUCAACAAGGUCCCGGGCAACUUCCACGUGUCCACACACAGUGCCACCGCCCAGCCGCAGAACCCGGACAUGACCCACGUCAUCCACAAGCUCUCCUUCGGGGACACGCUGCAGGUCCACAACGUCCAUGGCGCUUUCAACGCUCUCGGGGGAGCAGACAGACUCGCCUCCAACCCCCUCGCCUCCCACGACUACAUCUUGAAGAUCGUGCCCACAGUUUACGAAGACAAGAGUGGCAAGCAGCAGUACUCCUACCAGUACACGGUGGCCAACAAGGAGUACGUCGCCUACAGCCACACGGGCCGCAUCAUCCCGGCCAUCUGGUUCCGCUACGACCUCAGCCCCAUCACGGUCAAGUACACGGAGAGACGGCAGCCUCUGUACCGGUUCAUCACCACGAUCUGUGCCAUCAUUGGCGGGACCUUCACUGUGGCUGGCAUUCUGGACUCGUGUAUCUUCACAGCCUCGGAAGCCUGGAAGAAGAUCCAGCUGGGCAAGAUGCAUUGA